UGUCUUGUUCAUUGUAAUCACAAGAAGCACUUAAUAAAUACCACUGAUUGAUUAAUUGAUUGGUUGGUUGGUUGGUUGGUAUCCCAGAGGAUGCUGUGGCUGCUGUUCCUGCCAGUUCUCACCCCAGGAAGUUCCAUGUCUGGAGACCAGGAGCAUGGGUGGGCCAGGGAUUUGCUGCAUAUCGUGGGAGGCCAGGAUGCCAAGCUGGGAAAAUGGCCGUGGCAGGUGAGCCUGAGAUACUCUGGAGGACACAUCUGUGGUGGCUCUCUCAUCCACCAGGAUUGGGUGCUGACCGCUGCUCACUGCUUCAAAAACUCAUUAGCCCCCAAAGACUACCAGAUCCACGCAGGAGUGCUGAAACUCCAGCCGGCAAAUCCCUCAAGGCUGAUGGAAGUGAAGCAGAUCGCCAUUCACCAAAGCUAUAGGGGAAAUGCUUGGCGUGGGGGGGACAUCGCACUGGUCAAGCUGAACCACACAGCAAAGCUCUCCAAAUCCAUCAACACAAUCACGCUCCCCAAGCCCUGGUGGCAGGUGCCCCUGGGGACUAAGUGCUGGGUGACAGGCUGGGGGGAAAAUGAGGAGAGAGUGCCACUGGAUAAUCCCAAAAUCCUUCAGGAGUUGAAGGUUCCCGUACUGGACCCACAAAUUUGCCAGAGGAUAUACAACAAGAAAGACAAGCUUUUCCAGGACAGCAUGAUCUGUGCUGGCUACGAAAAGGGAAAGAAAGGUAUCUGCAAGGGAGACUCGGGGGGCCCCCUGGCCUGCAAGAUCAAAAGAGUCUGGACCGUGGUCGGCGUGGUGAGCUGGGGAGCAAGCAGUGCUGAGUCCCAUUUCCCAGAAGUUUACACCAAAGUCUCAAACUACACAAGGUGGAUCCGUCAGAAGAUCCUCAGAAGAGAAGCGGAGGCUGAUUCUCCUCAGAAAGGUCCCUUGCCAGCGUAGCCUUACCGCUCCACCCUAUUCCCUGCUCUACCCUCAGCCUUCCAAGACCCAGUCGGGUUUCUCUUUCUCCCCCGAUCACCUCCCACUGCUCAGUGGGACACUCCCCCUACCCUCAGGCCCCUUUACUCCUUUCUCCUCAGCCUACUUGACCUCCCCGGUCUUGACCUCAUCCGUCCAGCUCCGUCUGAGACCCUCGCUGCCUCCUCAACAGUCUCCUCCAAUCGAAUAGGCACAUCUCUAGGGGUCAGGCAGAAGGGGGCAAAAUUGUGCCCUUGGGAUUUCAGGCCCCUGGCGUUCAUUUCACGUGUGUCACGGUGUCUUGUGAGAGAACGGGGCAGCUAGCGGUUGCUGGUGUCAGGAUGCCUGGAGUUUUAAGCCAGCUCUGCCCUUGCCCACAUGAGUGACCUUUGGCCACCUCUGAAAGGUCCUCAGCUGCCUCAUCUGCUGGUAGAAAUCCCUGCCUGCUCCCUCAGGGGCUCAAACCCAGUCAACAGAGUCAUUUCCAAACCCAGAGUCAGAGGGGGAGAUGCAAAGAAGAAUCUGGAAAUCUAGUUUAACCAUUGUCAAUUUCUGCCAGCCACUCGAUCAAUUAAUUAUAUUUAUUGAGCGCUUACUCUGUGCAGAGCACUGCACUAAGCAUUGG